UAUAUAGUUGCAACAGGACAUAUCUAGCAUAGCCAAACUGUUGUGGUGGUCGCCAAACUGCAAAAGUGAUCACACAAAGAGAAAUUUCCUUGUAGUCACUGCUCGUGUAUUUUUCUAGCAUCUACUACCACGAAUGAAUGUGGUGGCAGAGAUCAAGUAAAGUCGUCUGUGAGGAAGUAUUUUUUUGCUUAGCUUCGUAGUGUUUAAAGAUCUCUGGUGCGUCAGAACUCAUUUCAGUCAGUGGUGUCCAGUGGUCCAGUUUCCAGCUUCGGAAAGGGACCGUAAAAAUAUUUUCCUUGAAAUGUUCCUCACAGUAAAUCUGGCGUGAAACAGUUAGAGACUUCUUCAUAAAAGAUAAAAGAUAGUUACUCAUUUUAGUUAAAGUGUCUUUUAAACUGCGGAUAUCCGAUCAUGUCUGCUGCAACGCCACAAAGCAAAGAAACCUUUGGUUCGUCAUAUUGUGAAAAGCAGAAAUAUAUAUGGACAUAUCUAGCUAAUUUAUUCGAAGGCAGAAAAAAAGUCUCAAUUAGAAUCGAAGAUUAUAGCCAAAAAUCCGAUAAAUCGUCGCAUGUGAAGAGUAGUAAAUCAACAAAGCAAUCACUCCUAUUGAUAUCCGCCUACAUUUACGUCCCAAUUCUGCUGGCCGCAGCGGUAGUUCGAUACUAUGGCGGAGUGAAUGAGGCAAUGAUCGCGGCGAUGACGCUCAUGUAUUACAACUACGGACUCCUCCAUGGGCAUGGACCUCCAGUAUUUGUGGACAUCGAGGAUGGUCGACUCAAGGGAUUCACAGCUUAUUCCAGAGAGGGUCGAGAAUAUUAUGAAUUUUUGGGAAUUCGUUACUCAGAGGCAAUGAUUGGAAAAUUGAGAUUUCAGGCACCAAUCCCUGCUCCCAAAUGGGAAGGUGUAAAAGACGCGACGGGUUACGGUCCUGCCUGUACACAGUACGAUCUAUUUUUACAAGCGGUUAUGGGCGAAGAAGACUGCCUAACCUUGAACAUAUAUUCGCCACAGAUAAACUCCACAGAUGGAAAAUUGCUUCCUGUGCUUAUUUUCAUCCACGGUGGGAUGUUUCACUUUGGACGUGCAAUGGAUUUUCGGGGAACCCAUUUUAUGGAUGAAGCUGUUGUAAUAGUCACAAUAAAUUAUCGACUACAAGCUUUCGGUUUCCUUAACACUGGUGACGGCGUGGUUCGAGGUAACAUGGGGUUGAAGGACCAAGUGAUGGCAAUGCGUUGGGUUAAAAGAAAUAUCGCAUCUUUUGGGGGAGAUCCUGGUCUGGUUACGAUAUGGGGAGAAUCUGCUGGUGGUGCAUCAACGCAUCUGCACACCUUAUCACCAAUGUCAAAAGGAUUAUUCACGAGGGCCAUCUCUAACAGUGGUUUUGCACUUGCCCAUUGGAGUUUCAUACGGAAGCCGAAAGAACAGUCUGAAAUAUUUGCCAAAAAGUUGGGUUGUCCAACCCAGUCUACUCAUGAAAUGGUCGAAUGCUUACAAAAGGUUAGCUCGUAUCGUAUUGCUGAAUUAUUUCGAGGAAACCACGACGUUCUGCAUCCCAGGCUGGAUGUCUUUGCACCAACAAUUGAAAGCGGAUCGCCGAAUGAUAAUGACACGGAGACAUUUCUAUCCGAGCAUCCUAGAGAGCUUUUGAGACGAGGAGAAAUCAUUUCAAAGGUGCCCAUGAUUAACGGGGCUAAUUCGCACGAGGGCUUAAUUUAUGCAGGAUACUUUGUAAGGAACCAGACAAUCACGGAUUCCUUGAAUGACGAAUGGCACAAACACUCCCCAGUUCUUAUGGAUUUUGAAGAUCUCCACAAUGAGACUAGACAUGAAGUCGCAUCCCAAAUUUGGGACUACUAUUUGGGAAAUAAAACUGUAGGGAUGGCCAGUUUAUAUGAAAUCGUCGACUUAUUCUCAGACACUAGCUUUUUUAAGCCGAUGGAAGAAACGGCCUUAGAAUUCGCAAAGUCCUUGCCCCUCUACCUCUACCUUUACAACCACCACGGAGAGUUUGGAGUUGCUCAAGGCUACUUCAGAAUAACAAUGAAGCUACCAAUGGCCUUGGAUGGACUAAUGGCAACUGGACUUCAAAUGCUAAAAAAACACGUCUUUGGAAUACAAGAGAAACAUUGGGGAGUGUCUCAUGCGGACGAAUUGGCAUUAUUUUUCAAAAUGCACCCCGUACUCAGCAGGAUCGACCCUGGCCAUGAAGAAUAUCAGUUUUCAAGAGAAUUGAUUAGGAGUUGGGCAUAUUUUGCAAAGCAUGGGAAACCCCCAGCCUUCAACGGGGAACACCAAUGGACUCCAGUCAUAAGUGGGCAACCGUUGAAGUACAUGAAAUUAGACAGCGCAAAGUCUCCUGGGCUGAUUCAAGCUCCGUGGUCCGAGCGUCUUAAAUUUCUCAGUUCCUUACCCGGAUUCCAGUGCAUUACUCAAUAUCAUAACACAACAAACCCUUCAAUUUGCAUAUGAGCAGAAAUAUAUAUAUUAUGGGGAAUUGUUUUAUUGUAUCAGAUGAUCUCAACUACUAGUUUUAGAUAUUUUAAACUUUGCGUCUUAGGAUUAGUCUGUCUUUAUAAUGCGAACUCUGAUAUUGUGAGCAAUAAAGUUUGAUAUGUAGCCACAAAAAUGCAA